ACCUCGUGUGACAUUUAACAUAACCUCUUCCAUUACGUUAAGGUGGUGACAUAACCUAAAGUUUUGUAUUGUGCCUUCGAAAAAACUCCAAAAAUGACGAUUUUAAACGUUAUGCGGAGUCUCAAAGCCCCAAACAUGACCCGCGGGGUAUUAAAUUAUCUAAUAAAUCGUUCCAUGUCGGUUAAAUUCGCCGAACACAAAGACAUUUCAAAGAUCCGCAAUAUAGGAAUUUCAGCUCACAUUGAUAGUGGCAAAACCACCUUAACAGAACGAAUACUAUUUUACACAGGCCGAAUCGAGUCUAUGCAUGAAGUAAAAGGUAAAGAUAACGUGGGGGCCACGAUGGAUUCAAUGGAGCUGGAGAGGCAGAGAGGCAUAACCAUUCAAAGUGCAGCGACAUACACUAUAUGGAAAGAUCAUAAUAUUAAUAUUAUUGACACACCUGGACAUGUCGACUUCACUGUGGAAGUUGAAAGAGCCCUGAGAGUAUUGGAUGGAGCUAUUCUGGUUUUAUGUGCUGUUGGUGGAGUUCAAAGUCAGAGUUUGACUGUUAACAGGCAAAUGAAGAGAUAUAAUGUGCCUUGUAUUGCUUUUAUUAAUAAGUUGGACAGAUUGGGUGCUAAUCCUUUUAGGGUUUUGUCACAAGUCAGGUCCAAACUAGGUCACAAUGCAGCAUUAAUUCAACUUCCAAUAGGCCUUGAAAGUGACUGUAAGGGAAUUAUCGAUAUAGUGACCCAAAAAGCUAUUUAUUUUGAGGGUAGUUUUGGGGAAGAGAUUCGGUACGACGAUAUCCCGUCCGAUAUGCGCACUGAAGUCUCAGAAAGGCGUCAUGAGCUCAUAGAACAUUUAUCGAAUGCAGAUGAGCAUUUGGGCGAGUUAUAUUUAGAGGAAAAACCGAUUACUGAGGAUGAAAUCAAGAAUGCCAUUCGAAGAACUUGUUUAAAAAGAACUUUUACCCCUGUGAUGGUGGGUACUGCCCUAAAAAAUAAAGGUGUACAACCUCUGCUAGAUGCGGUACUGUCUUACUUACCCAACCCAGGUGAGGUAGAGAAUCAAGCCUUUAAAAAUAAAGGGGAAAAUGAGGAACCGGAAAAAGUUGUUCUUGAUCCAGAGAGGAGCGAUAAAAAACCAUUUGUUGCCCUGGCAUUUAAGCUGGAGGCAGGCAGAUUUGGCCAGUUGACUUAUAUGAGGUGCUAUCAAGGAAUGUUAAGUAAAGGAGAAAAUAUUUAUAAUGCCAGGACUCAGAGGAAAGUCAGGAUUGCCAGGCUUGUUCGGAUGCAUUCCAAUCAGAUGGAGGACGUCACUGAGGUGUACGCCGGCGAUAUUUUCGCCCUCUUUGGAAUAGACUGCGCCAGCGGUGACACCUUUGUAACCGACCUAAAACACAAUUUGUCACUGGAAAGCAUUUACGUACCGGAACCCGUUGUCUCUAUGGCAAUUUAUCCUGCGAACAACAAGGAUAGAGAUAACUUUUCUAAGGCUAUUGCCAGAUUUACCAAAGAGGACCCUACAUUCCACUUUAACUUUGAUAAUGAUAAUAAGGAAACUAUUGUGUCUGGAAUGGGAGAACUCCAUCUGGAAAUUUACGGUCAACGUAUGGAACGUGAAUAUAAUUGCCCAGUUAUCUUGGGAAAGCCAAAAGUAGCCUUCAGGGAAACCUUGGUUUCCCCGUGCGAGUUCGACUAUCUGCACAAAAAACAAUCGGGAGGUCAAGGACAGUUCGCCAGGGUCACGGGGGUUUUGGAGCCUUUGCCCCCGCACAAAAACACCCUUUUGGAAUUCGUCGAUGAAACGGUCGGCACUAACGUACCGAAGCAAUUCAUACCCGGGGUGCGGAAAGGGUUUAUUGCCAUGGGUGAAAAGGGAUAUCUCGCUGGCCAAAAAUUGUCCGGCUUGAAAUUUAGGCUGAUAGAUGGCGCGCAUCAUAUCGUCGACUCUAGUGAGCAUGCGUUCUUCUUGGCCGCCCAGGGGGCGGUAAAAGAUUGUUUUAGAAAGGGAGCGUGGCAAAUCCUAGAACCGAUCAUGACCGUAGAAGUGACGGCCCCCGAUGAAUUCCAGGGCGCCGUAACCGCUCAAUUAAACAAAAGACACGGAAUCAUCACGGGUGCGGAGGGUAUCGAAGGGUGGUUCACGCUGUACGCCGAAGUACCACUAAACGAAAUGUUCGGCUACGCGGGCGAAUUACGUUCCAGUACGCAAGGCAAGGGCGAGUUCACUAUGGAGUACUGCAGGUACAUCCCUUGCUUGCCAGAUGUCCAGGAACGGUUGAUUAUGGAAUAUCAAAAAGCCACCGGGCAGGUUCCCGACGUAAAAGAAGCAAAAAAGAAGAAGAAUUAAGCGAGUUUUUAGGUCUAAUUAGAUAAUUUUUUGUCCCUAAAUGUGUAGAUUUAAGGCGAAGAGGCGUGUUGUUUCUAUAUUGCCUCGUGUAUUUAUUUUGUAAAUAAGGGAAAUGUAUGUACAAUUUUCUACUUUUUAUGAAUAAAGUUCUGUGAUAAUGUAUGUUAUAAA